AUGAACGUCGCAACGGUCCCUCUCGCCCGCAAGAUUGUCGUCCUUGGGAACCUGAGGUACCAGGUUCUCGGAUAUUCUCUCAUCUUUUUCAUCGGCUCUACAGUGUCGGGCGCAGCUCCAAACAUCAACACGGUGAUCAUCGGUCGUGCAAUUCAGGGAAUCGGAGGAGCCGGGCUAUACCAAUUGAGUAUCAUCAUCAACAUGACUUUGACUACACCUACGGAGCUCCCACGGACACAAGGCCUCUUAGCCGUGUCCUGGGCCAUUGGCCUCACGCUGGGUCCCGUUAUCGGCGGUGCCUUUGCCGAAAAUCACAAGGCUACAUGGAGAUGGGCCAUGUACAUCAACCUCCCCAUGCUAGCCAUCAUCAUGGUCUGCAACCUCCUAGCCCUGCCGAACAUGCACGCACCCGGCGCGUUGCCCGUUAUCGAGGGCUUGCGCGUUGUUGACUGGACGGGCGUAGUCCUCCACGUAGCGUCUUUCAUCUUGCUCUGCUCGGCCCUCAUCUUCAGCGGGUCCAAAUGGGAAUGGUCAUCGCACUCAGCCAUUAUCGCCUGGGUGUUCGUCGGUGUCAUCUACCUCGCCUACGCCUUGCAGCAGAAGUUCUGCUUGCUCACCGACAAGACACAUCGCAACAUCUCCGCCGACCUCCUGAAGAACCGAGCCGUCAUCCUCGUCUGCCUCGCCACCUACGCCGUCGGAGGCAGCUACGGGAUCGCCCUGUACUACACCCCCCUGUUCUUCGCCUUCACCAAGGGCUUCGACCCCGUCGAUGCAGCUGUCAGGCUUCUCCCGUUCAUCUUCACCUUCAUCUUCUUCACCAUUGUCAUGGCGGGCAUGAUCCCCGUCGUCGGCAGAUAUGCGCCUUUCUAUGUCAUUGGCGGUGCCCUGACCAUCAUCGGAGGCGCCCUCCAAGCCCAGAUUACAGCCACGACCUCAGAGAGCCGCGUGAUGGGCGUGAGCAGUCUCAUUGGGGCAGGAGUCGGUUGCAUGUGGCAGACGGGAGUAUCAGUCAUGGCGCAAAGCGUGCCCGCACACAGACGACUGGAUGCUACUGCACUCUUCAUCAUGUUCCAGCUUGCGGGUGUCUCGGUGACUUUAGCUCUUGCCGGCUGCAUCUUCCAGAACAUCGGUUUUGAUAAGCUGAAAGACUCGCUCGACGGGCUGGGUUUCAGCGACCACGACAUCCGAGAGGCGCUGGCUGGACUCGACUCCAAGAUCUGGAGUGAUGCUGACCCGCGGGUUGUAGGAGCAGCUGUGAGUGACGUCGCAGAUGUGAUCGCCAAUAACCAGUAUCUCAUUGUGGCCUGCGGGAUCGUUGCCCUGGUCAGCGGUUGUCUCAUGAGUUGGGAAAAGUUGGACUUUGGUAAGACCAAGAUAGCCAAGUGA